AUGGACAACUCCUACUCUGCCCUGAUUGCCUCCAUACUUUCAGAUGGUCUCGCGAUAACAGAGCAGCUCAUUCCGAACACUGGCUAUGCGGAGAAACCAGAUGUCUGGCUUGUUUUAUGCGCAAUUGCUCCACAAUAUUAUGGCUCGAAUGGGGAACAAAGAAGCGACUGGAGGGGAGGGAAUGGCACUUAUGCACAUGGAGAUUCUAUGAUUGCUCUGGCCAUAUUUAAAAGGAUAGAAAUACCAGUGACCGGCUCAUGGAUGACUGGUCACAUAUUCACCUGUGUUCGAUUUUGA